GUUGAAUUGGAACAUGUUACAAAAGAGUAACAAGCAGGUAUGUAGAGGUCAGAAUCAGCACUCUCUGAUGCACUCAACGCUCACUACCAUGCCAUCACUGUCAACACCACCAACAACGGCUGGACCAGCUUAUGCAUCGACGUCCACCUCAUCUCUCACUCCUCCAACUCCUCCAUUUGCGACCAACUUGGGGACACGCCCAAUGUCACGCCCAAUGUCACGCCCAAUGUCAAUCCAAUUCCAUUCCAGGUCUUCAUCUAUUCCGUCUGACCCCUCAGCUCGCCUUUCACUCAACUACAUACCCGCAAAGUUCUCGGCUCCCUAUGCAGGAAACAGCCUACGCAGCCGUCGGUCCGGCCUCAAGGAGCUGAGCGCGUCUCGGCCCAGGGGCGGAGGGCGCGCUGCCUUCGCGCAGGAGGAGAGUCGUAUGGCCGGAGAGGGAGAAGAGGACGAUGCAUGGGAUGAGAAAGAGGUGGACAAACCUAAGCCGCGCCUCCGGUGGAACCGGUUCAAAUGGGCGCUUUUCGUCACAAACUUUUUCAUAACGGCAUACACCCUUACUGCACUCGUUUUCCUCAUCCUCACCUGGUUCAACACUCUCCCUUCAGCAGACGUGGUGCGCACAGCGAACCACCCCGAACUAGUAAUAAGCACCGUUGCGGCCUCUCUAGGCCUGCUUACGUCCCUCAUCGGCUGGUCCGGUAUCCUGCUCAACAACCGCGCCUUCCUAGGGGUCUACUGCCUCCUCCUCUGGAUCUCCUUCGCAUUCCUCUGCGCCCCAGGGUACGUGACGUACAAACGCCGCACCUUCAACCUAGAGGGGAAGAUUAACUCCCUCUGGUCGCGCGAAAUCGGGGUUUCCGGAAGGCUCCGCAUUCAGAAUCAGCUCACUUGCUGCGGGUACUACUCUCCUUUCGUAGAAGCAUCUACCAGCUCGACAUGUUAUGCUCGCUCUCUCCUGCCGGGGUGUAAAGCCAGAAUACUGAGAUUCGAGCGCAACACUCUGCAGAACUGGUACACAGUCGCCUUUGCUCUCGUCCCAUUGCAUUUGGUAGCGAUCGUUGUCAGCCUGCUUUGCUCGAAUCAUGUCACAUACAGGUUUGGCAAGGGCAUGAUGCCCAACGCGUAUAGGCUCAACAGGAGCAGCAUGGCCGUGCUGAUGGACAGUUACGCUACGCAACUGGCAGAGCAGUACAACAACGCCCCCUCAAGCUCGGCGGACGGCACCCAGCGCAAGCCGCGGGGAAACUCCGACUCCCAGUCGCCGUACCACGACAAGUAUGCCGUUCUUGGCCCGUCGAAUGCAGGUGUAAUUCCGGGCACGAGUAGCGGGACGGGCACGAGUAGCGGGCCGGGUACGGGCACGAGUUUGCGGGCCCCGAGCGUGGAGAGGAGCGGGAGUGAGAGUGAGAGUUAUGAGAUGGAGCCGGUGGCGUUGUGAUACCCAGCUGAUGGUCGGACAGUUAUGGACGGUCGAGUACACGCCGCAACUGAUGAUACCUUGCAUGGGUAUGGACUUGGACUUGUCUGAGCACGAGACGAUAGAAUACGCUGUAUAUAUAAUUCACGCCUCGUUUACUGCUAGAAUGACGCCCUCAUACAGGUGCUAUUCGCU